GACAAAUUCUCGACUAAGUCCACGAGGAACCUUUCGUUCUUGCCUUCACAUGAAUCGAAUGCAUUGUUCCCGUUUGCAUUCCGAUCUGCCGAAUCAACUCUCCCCGCUGGAUUGGCACACACAGAAAAGACCCAUUUCUUUAAAUCUUCUCUGAAGUCUCACGUCCCCGUAAGUUGUGUGUUGCUGUGUUUUGCCUUUCCAGAGGUGCACAGUUGGUGGAGGCUGUGAGGAUUCCACCACCAUGGCCAUUGCAACAGCGAUGCGUCGCCUCGCUAGAUCGCAGAGCCAGCACCUGCACCGCGCAUUGCAUCGAACCCCUCCUGCCGCCUGCUCCGGUUUCCGGUUCUCUAGUAAUACUGCGGUUGCUUCAGAGUACUCAAGUUCGGCUAAGUCGAAUGUAACGUGGCCGAAGCAGCUCAAUGCCGACAUCUCCGAGGUUGAUCCCGAGAUCACUGACAUCAUUGAACACGAGAAGAAUCGUCAAUGGAAGGGACUUGAGCUGAUCCCGUCAGAGAAUUUUACGUCCGUAUCAGUUAUGCAGGCAGUGGGUUCAGUCAUGACCAAUAAGUACAGUGAAGGUUACCCCGGUGCUCGCUAUUACGGUGGCAACGAGUUCAUUGACAUGGCUGAAAGACUGUGUCAAAAAAGAGCUCUCGCAGCUUUCCGCCUCGAUCCAGAGAAAUGGGGAGUGAAUGUGCAGUCUCUCUCUGGGUCCCCAGCCAAUUUUCAGGUCUACACAGCUCUCUUAAAGCCACACGAGCGCAUAAUGGCCUUAGAUCUUCCUCAUGGUGGUCAUUUGUCUCAUGGAUAUCAGACGGACAUGAAGAAAAUCUCGGCGGUUUCCAUUUUCUUCGAGACUAUGCCAUACCGAUUGGACGAGUCUACAGGUUACAUAGACUACGAUACGAUGGAGAAAAGCGCAGUUCUUUACAGGCCAAAAUUGAUAGUAGCUGGUGCCAGUGCCUAUGCUCGCCAUUACGACUAUGCUCGUAUGCGCAAGGUUUGUGACAAGCAAAAAGCUAUUCUGCUUGCUGAUAUGGCCCACAUCAGUGGCCUGGUAGCCGCUGGCGUCGUCCCGUCUCCCUUCGACUUCGCGGACGUGGUAACUACCACUACCCACAAGUCUCUUCGAGGCCCUCGGGGGGCCAUGAUCUUCUACCGCAAAGGGUUGAAGGAGACAAACAAGAAGGGUGAACAGAUUUUCUACGACUAUGAAGACAAAAUUAAUGCUGCUGUUUUUCCAGGACUACAAGGGGGUCCUCACAACCACACCAUUGCAGGACUUGCUGUUGCCUUGAAACAGGCAGCUACGCCAGAGUUCAAGGCGUACCAGGAACAAGUUCUGAGCAACUCUGCACGUUUUGCCAAGGCCUUGAUGAGCCAAGGUUACGAGCUGGUGUCCGGUGGAACAGAGAACCAUUUGGUGUUAGUGAACCUCAAACCCAAGGGUGUGGACGGCUCUAGAGUGGAGCGAGUGAUGGAGCUUGCUCAUAUUGCGGCAAACAAAAACACUGUUCCUGGAGAUGUAUCUGCUCUAGUACCUGGAGGCAUUCGCAUGGGAACCCCUGCUUUGACAAGCAGAGGCUUCAUAGAGGAAGAUUUCGAGAAAGUUGCUGAGUUCUUUGACCGAGCGGUUGGAAUCGCUGUGAAGGUCAAGAAGUCCACAGGUGCAAAGUUGAAGGACUUUAGGGCAGCUGUGGACACUGAUCCCGAGAUCCAGGCAGAAAUUGGAAAGUUGAGAACUGAAGUUGAAGAAUUUGCCAAGCAGUUCCCCACAAUAGGCUUUGAAAAGUCCUCCAUGAAGUACCAAAAUUAGAAGCGGCAGUCUUUGUAUAAAUAUGUCCCCCGUGCACUGGGAAAUCAGGUGACAUCAUUCACUGGCUGCGUGUAGCCAUGCUAAUUGUCGCCCUCCAUGGCCAAUUAUAUAAGGUCUUCAAAAGGAUGAAUCUUGUAUCUAAGAUGAGUUACUUUUUGAAUUGAAGAGAUGUGAAUUGAAAUCCCGUGCUGA